UGUGCCUGACGUCGGUCUUUAUAUAUCCAACAUCUUUACUUCAUUAAUUCGCAGAGCAUAUCCUCACCUUCGCAAGAAAGGGUAACAGAAACCACCAAAAGAGGAUUAGGAAGAAAAAAAAAAUGUAUCUUUCUUUAUGGGUAUUCCUUUGGUUGGCAGGUGCAAGUACCAAAACAUCUGAUAGAGGAAGACGAGGAGGAGGAGGAGGCAACGACAAUAAAGAACAGAGGACUCUGCAGCUUCCAUGCCAAGAAACUACUCCACAAUUUGUAAGCAGAAGAAGUCCCCAAAUAAGAACAUCGAGAAGGAGAAAUCAGAAAAGAUUGCAUGGGAAAAUAAAGGCCGGUAUUACUAGGCUAAGAGCGGAGAUGGCAGAAAUAAGUGAGGAACAGAAGUGCAUAAAAGAGGGGCAGAGACAAGUAAGGAAAAAAUAUGAAGAGAUUGAAGCAGAGCGCAAGCAACUGUGGAAAGAAACAGAGUUGAUAGCGACCCAGAGUGCGGGAAUCCAAUUGAAACUAGAUAUCAUGUUCAAAUUAGUAAAAGCAAGAGCUCAAAAUGACACUGCUUUGGUUGCUGAACUCACUCAUUCUCUUCGUGAUUUAGUGGCUAAGCAGAAUUUCCAAAUCCAAUGACGAAUUCUGCUUGUGUUGGCUUGUAUCUGUUUAAAAGGAACAGAGAGCAUACGCGUGGCAUCAAGUGAGAUUGAAAUGAAGAGAACUCUGUUCUAUCCAAAAUAUAUUGUGUUUAUUUCUCUUUUAAUUGUGAGUCCAUAUUUAAAGAAGCUUGAGACUGUAAUUAUCUCUGUUUUACUAUAAGAGCAAAAGUACACUUCAAGGUUAGGUUU